CGCAAACAUAUUUUUUUUUUUUACUAUUUUUUUCCCAUCUAUGGAAAUUUCCCAAUUUUUUCACCUGCUGUGAGUUUGCGUGACCUCAUUCCACGAGCCCAGCUCGGAGAAAAGAAAGAGCGAUCGUAGAUCGGGAUCAGCCCAUUUUCGCCGGCGAAGGUGAGGUGUUUGGAUUGGGGAGAGGGGGAGAGAGAGUGAGUGAUUGUAGUGAGAGAAAGUCGGUCGCUAAUGGCGGAGGAGGAGCGGGUGAAGCUGUUCGUGGGUCAGGUUCCGAAGCACAUGACGGAAUCGCAGCUGCUCGCGGUGUUUGAGGAGUACGCGCGGGUGGACGAGGUCAACGUAAUCAAGGACAGGGCCACGCGUGCUUCACGAGGGUGUUGCUUUGUGAUAUGUCCAUCCAGAGAGGAAGCUGACAAGGCGAUUGAUGCUUUUCAUAAUAAGAAAACGCUGCCUGGGGUGGCAUGUUUUCUGUGUCUAAUCCAGGCAUCUAAUCUGUUGCAAGUGAAGUAUGCUGAUGGCGAGUUGGAAAGGCUAGGCUGUGCUUUUCUGAAAUUUGAGACAAAGGAGCAAGCUGUUGCAGCCAUUGAGGCCCUCAAUGGGACGCAUAAGAUGGAGGGUUCAACUGUACCUUUGGUUGUCAAGUGGGCCGAUACUGAAAAGGAAAGGCAGGCAAGAAGGGCCCAAAAAGCACUAUCCUUAGCGACUAAUGUAGCAAAUUCUGACCCGCAUGCAUCUUUGUUUGGUGCCUUACCACUGGGUUAUAUGUCUCCAUAUAAUGGAUACGGUUAUCAGAACCCUGGGGCAUACGGACUCAUGCAUUAUCGCAUACCACCAUUGCAGAACCAAAAUGCAUUUAACAAUCUUGUUCCGCCUCUAAACCAAGGAAAUGCUUUACGUGGUCUUUCAUCUGGAAUGGCCUCGAGAAGUUUUCCAAUGUCUGGAUAUCCAGCUGUACCAGCUGGGGUGCGAUUUCCAAUGAAUUAUCCUGGAAGAAUCAUGGGCAACCGGCCAUUUGGAAGUUCACCCGGUCCUUUAUCACCUUCUACUGCAAAUAGCCAAUCUGCAGCAUCUUCAAGUGUCAAUACAAGUUCUGGGGGCCACAUUGAAGGUCCACCUGGAGCUAACUUGUUUAUUUACCACAUUCCUCAAGAAUUUGGUGAUGACGAACUCGCAAAUGCAUUUCAGCGGUUUGGAAGGGUUUUGAGUGCCAAGGUUUUCAUCGACAAAAUAACUGGCAUUAGCAAAUGUUUUGGAUUCGUCAGUUAUGAUUCACCUUUGGCGGCACAAAAUGCAAUUAACGUGAUGAAUGGCUUUCAAAUAGGUGGUAAAAAAUUGAAGGUUCAGCUUAAAAGAGAUAAUAAUAAGCAGAACAGACCUUAUCAACUUUAAGGUAAGUUAUGGCUAUGAGAUUUCUCAAGCACCAACAUUCACACGCAUCUCAAAUGUGGAAAAGAAUCUGCAGUUUGAGCGAAUGGGGUGGAUCUGAGAUAUUCAACAAGCAUGUGCAGUAUUCCAUUCUUGUGGACUAAAAAGUCCCUGUAACUUGUAAUUCUUCAUUGAUUUUCUCCCACUGAACUUUUAGUUUGUAACAUGGAUGCUGGUAAACGGUGAUUAUUAGUUUAUUUGAUUUUUUUUUUUUAUCAUUAAACCUUUUUUUCUGGGUACAAUUCUCUGCCAAUUCAUGAAAAUUAUUUUAUCCAUCAUCCUUGAAGUCAAUAGAGUAUGUUCUCUUUUAGCUUGCUUCCUUUUUUAUGUUGACAUUAGUACAAACUAGGAAGAGAACUUCUAAUAUUGUCAUCUUAGACAACAUAGUGAAGAAUGAGGUCAGAUGUUG